AUGCAGCUCAAGAACAUCGUCCUCGCCGCCUCGGCCGCUGCCACCGCCGCCGCUCUCCCGGCCACCGACGCCUCCUCCCAGAGCCAGACCUUCGGCAUCGUCUCCAUCCACUCCGGCAGCGCCGUGCAGUACCAGCCCUUCACCGCGGCCAAGAGCAGCCUCUUCGCCGGCCUCCCUAGCCAGAACGCCAGCUGCGCCCGCCCCAAGGAGCAGACCGCCACCUUCUACAUCCAGGACGGCGCUCUGUACCUGUACGACCAGUCCGCCACUCCCCAGGAGUUCUACGUCGACCGCUCGGGCAUGGGCCAGGGUAAGAUCGGCUACACGACCGGCGCCCAGCCCGCCCCCAAGAACGCGGAGCGCCAGGGCUGGUCCAUCGACAAGAACAACCACCUGCAGUUCGGCGGCAGCGACCUCAUCGCCUGCCCCAACAGCAUCGACGGCGCCUGGAGCAUUUGGGCCAGCGCCGGCGUGAGCAACCCCGCCGGCAACAGCGACUGCGUCGGCAUCGCCGCCCGCGUCGAGACCACCACCAACCCCAACGGCUGCCUGUACACCGAGUAA